AUGCGAACAUUAUUGAUUAUUUUUUCAAUCGGUUUACUUUGUACUUUAGUACAAUAUUCAAGUGGAAAACCAAUUCAAGCCAAUCCAUCUUCAAGUGAAGAGGAUGAUGAUGUGGAAUCAAUGCAAAAUAAUAAUUAUGAAAUAAGCAGCGCUAAUAAUGAUGAAAGUGAUGAAACAAUACCAAGUUCACAAUCUGUUGUUGAUCCAGUUGAUGAUAGUGAACCACAAGCAACAGGUUUACAUUUUUUUGAAGCUGUAGAACAAUUAAAAGAACAAGAUAGCAACAGCAAUGAAGACGAUAGUAUUAAUAGUGAUGAAGAUCGCUCAAGUUCUUUAAAUACUGCUAAUAAUAAUUAUGGCAUCGUCGUUGAAGAUAGCGAUGAAAAAUAA